AUGCACACCAAUCAAGUUUACAGUGAGCUUAUUACUGUAAAUAAUGGAUCACACAAAUGGUGGCACCGCCGUUGGGUUAAAAUAAUCGGCAUUUCCGUUCCUGUGUUAAUAGUUUCUUCUGUUACUCUUGCUCUGGUAUUAAACUUCAUCGUUUUUGCACCGAAGAAUUCAGAAACUAGUACCCCUGCCGCAACAUCAUCAUCACCACUAACAACAGCAGUAUCGACACCACCAUCAUUAUCAACAACAACACCACUAGUGAUACCGAUCACAAGUUUACCACAAACAACAACAUCACUAGUAACAUCAACCACAACUUUACUACAAACAACAACAACACCAGUAGUGGCACCGACCACAACUUUACCACAAACAACGGUUACGAUCACAGCUCAGCACUUAGGAUGGUCUGUUACCGGUAAUAUGAACAAUGCACGAGUUUAUCAUACAGCAUCCGUAUUACCAAAUGGAAGGGUAUUAGUUACUGGUGGAAAGCCUGAUAGCAGCGGUAUUUGGAACAGUGCUGAGCUGUAUGAUCUAUCAACAGGUAUUUGGAUAACUACUGGUAACAUGACUGAUGUGCGAACAUAUCAUACAGCAUCUGUAUUAUCAAAUGGGAAAGUAUUAGUUAAUGGUGGAAUUAGUUAUGAUUUAAAUAGUGCUGAGCUGUAUGAUCCAUCAACAGGUACUUGGACAACUACUGGUAACAUGAUUAAUGGACGAUUUGAGCACACAGCAUCUGUAUUAUUAAAUGGAAAAGUAUUAGUUACUGGUGGAAAUGACAUUAAAGAUAUUGUUUUGAAUAGUGCUGAGCUGUAUGAUCCAUCAACAGGUACUUGGGCAACUACUGGUAACAUGAAUAAUGCACGAGAAUAUCAUAGAGCAUCUGUAUUAUUAAAUGGAAAAGUAUUAGUUACUGGUGGACGUGUUAAUAGCGAUGAUUUUCAUAAUGCUGAAUUAUAUGAUCCAUCUACAGGUACUUGGACAAUCACUGGUAACAUGACUAACACACGAGAACAGCACACAGCAUCUGUAUUAUCAAAUGGAAAAGUAUUAGUUACUGGUGGAAUAGGUAAUGGUGGUAGUUAUUUAAAUAGUACUGAGUUGUAUAAUCCAUCAUCAGGUACUUGGACAACUACUGGUAACAUGGCUAAUGGACGACAUCAGCACACAGCAUCUGUAUUAUUAAAUGGAAAAGUAUUAGUUACUGGUGGAUGGUAUUAUGGUAUUUUAAAUAGUACUGAGUUGUAUGAUCCAUCAACAGGUAUUUGGACAACUGCUGGUAACAUGGCUAAUAAACGGAAUGAUCACAGAGCAUCUGUUUUGUUAAAUGGAUUAGUAUUAAUUACUGGUGGACGUGAUGGUGCCGAUGGUAUGCAUAGUGCAGAAUUAUAUUAA